AUGCUCGUCUCCCUUUCCGUCGCGGUGACGAUGGUCACUUCCAUCUCCGCGAUGAUCACACCACAAAGCUCCGAGAUCAAGAAGAGAGCCAACGGUCUCCCCUCAAAUGGCGUAGUAGCAAACGGCGUCGCAUUCGGAUUCCUCCCAUCCGAUGGCUCCGCAAAAAGUCCUCACUACACCAUGUCUACCAUCGACUCAACUCUCGGCGCCAAAGCCAGUACCUACGGCUAUUACUCCCAGAUCACAUCUUCCACUUACAGCGGCAGCCAACUUCUCAACGUCUUGAACGAUGUCGUGGCUUCUGGUGCUGUGUUCCAGCCUGCUAUCAUGCCUAUCAUUCCGUUCAGUCAGGUGACUACUAGUGUAGCCUCUCAAGUCGCCAGCGUGCUGCAGAAAUUUACUAGUCAGGGCGUGGAGGUUUGGCUGAGGUUCGGUCAUGAGAUGAAUUGGUAUGUCACCGACGGAACUUACACCGGCACCCCCGCCGAGUUCAUCACAGCCUGGAAACGCAUCCACGACGCGGUAUCAUCCAAUCCUAAGAUAAAAAUGUACUGGUCCCCCAACAUCCCCGUCUCAACCGCCGCCCAAUUCUGGCCCGGCGACGCCUACGUCGACAUCGUGGGCAUAGACUGCUACCCGCAAAGCCCGCUCUCCUCAACCGCAUUCUCCGACUGCUACGCCUCCUUCUACAACACGUAUUCGAAGGCCAAGAACCUGCCCUUUGCGAUCGGCGAGACCGGGUAUGGCGGCUCUGGAGGCGCGACGAGCUGGUUGAGUCAGCUGGUUGGCCAGGAUAUGUGUAAGUAUCCGAAUUACAUCGCGACGUCGUGGUUUGAGUUUGAUAAGGAGCAGGAUUUUAGGAUCGUGAUGGGGAGUGCGGCAAAUUUGGCGACGACGAAGAAGCUGUUGUUGCAGAAUGCUGGGAAGGGGUGUACCGGCGGAGGAGGUGGAGGAGGGGGAGGGGGUGGAGGUAGCACGUUCCCUGUUGAUACGUAUGUGAAGGUUGGGAUUGCAGCUCUAGUUCGCCAUGUCAAUCCGCAUAUUCUUGUGUUGGCGGAUACUGUAAGAAUUGCACAUGGGGCUGUGACGGAUGGACCUGCAGUGCCUCCAGUCCUUGUAACGCUGAUUACACGUGUGUGA